GCGAGCACAACGUCGACGCACUAUUCCCCACCAAAGACGUAAUCGUCAGCCUUGGCGUGCUGCAGUUUGACAAGCACACGCGCACGCGCGCGCUCUAUUUCUAUACGCGCAAUGGAAUUCCGGGGAGAGGAGCACGGGGACGGCAGCGACGUGGGCGACGGCGCCCCGCCCGCGGCACCUCACCGCAGCGCCACCGCAAACGGGCCGGCAGACAACAUGCAAGCGGAGGCGAGGCGGCAGUACCACGAGUGCCUCCGUAACCACGCGGCGGCCGCGGGCGGGCACGUCCUGGACGGAUGCUGCGAGUUCAUGCCGGCCUCUCCCGAAGACCCACUCGCAUGCGCGGCCUGCGGCUGCCACCGCAGCUUCCACCGCCGCGACCCCUCGCCGAGGCGCGCCCACUUGCCGCUGCUGGCUGCCAGCGCGCGCGCACCAUUGCUGCUCCCGCCGGCGGCGAGCAAGCACCCGCACCAGCGCUUGCCGUUCCCCUACGGCCUCGCGGCCAGCGGCGGCACCGGCACGACGACCGAGUCCUCCAGCGAGGAGCGGCGUGGGGCGUCGCCGGCGCCACGGAAGCGUUCCAGGACGACGUUCACGCGGGAGCAGAAGGAGCAGAUGCUGGCGUUCGCGGAGCGCGUCGGGUGGAGGCUGCAGCGGCAGGACGAGGCGAUGGUGGGGCAUUUCUGCGCGCAGGCCGGGGUCCGGAGGCAGGCGCUCAAGGUCUGGAUGCACAACAACAAGCAGAGUAGCAGCGGUAGGAGGCAGCAGCAGGAGAAGCAGCAGCUUCAGGAGCAUAGACAAGAGCAGCAGCAGCAGUAGCCAUGGCAGAAGACGGGUUCCAUAGUAGUAGGAGGCAACACUCCUCGCGCCCUUGUAAAGUUUUUAACUGUUGGAAAGUUCUUCUGUUCUUUUUCACUAUCUUCUAAUUGGGCUGAUCACUGUUGCUUCUCUGUCAUAUCAGUGCACGAUCAUUCCUGGUAGGAGCAUUGGUUGGAUUGGAUUGGAUUGGGAUAUUUCUUUUGGUUAUUUUUC